GAUCGUUCAAGUGACAUCAAUUUAAUUUAAAUAAACGUCUGGAUUAUUUUUUCAAAUUUAAAUAACCCGCGCAAAAAUUAAUUUAAGUGUAGAAAUAAAUAAAGUGCAAAUGUAAUUAAUAAUAAAUGAUAAUGGUGUCGAAAGAGGAUGACAGAAAAAUAAAUGUCAUGAUUUAUUCAUAAUAAAUAAAUAUAUAUAUAUAUAUAUACUAAUUAUUUAAAGUUAAUUAUUGAACGUGUAAAUAUGCAUAAGUCGAUAGUGUAUCUAGUCUUAAUAGUACUGACACUUAUUUAUAUAGCAAGUGGAUUUAAAGUCGAUAAUCGAAAAAAAAUUGUUAAGAAUAAUUUAAAUAAAAUUAUGGAAAAAAAUAAGACUGUCAAUUACAAGCAGAACAAAUUUACUGUAAGACCGGUGUCCAAAAUACCCCUGACUACUAGUGCCCCGAAAUCGCUUGUGAAAAAUGUAAAGCGCGUUGAGGUGAAGCCGAGUAAUAAACUGCCGAUCACUGACUUAGAGCUGGUGACAAUUCAACCCAGGGGUCGGCCGAAAAAGCCGAAGAAACACAAAAUGAACCAGACGUUAAUGGCACUAUUGCUGGCUUACAAAUUUAAAUUUGCUGCGCUUAUUCCCACAAUUAUUAUGGGAUUGUUUUUGUUGCUGGGUACCACUGGACUUGCUGGAUUUUUUUUCGCACUUUUUGCUGCCAUACUUGGACUCAAAGCUCAUUAAAACAUCGUUAUCAUGAAUUUAUUUUGUUCUUGUGUUUAAAUUACAGGGGUUUUAUUUUUAAAUUUCAAGUUUUAAUUAAAAUUUCAAAUUUUGAAAUUCGCGGUCAUAAUUUUAUUUUUCAAAUAUUGAAUUUUUUUUGGAAAUUCAUUGCCAAUAAAAAA